GACGGCCGCUGAUGGACAGGUCUAAUCCAGUGGCCAAGGGUUGGCCCGAACCCGCCGGACCUACUCGGGUCCCGAUCUUUUGGCGCUUUGAUACAGGCCUUCUUUUCUCUUACCCUAUUCGAAGGUCUUUUUCUAGCUUUGAUGUGUUUCAUAACCAACGGGCUUACCAACUACGGGCGGCGAGCGUUGCUGUCUUUAGGAAAGUGUUCAGCGAAGGAAGUGUCAAUAAAAGCAUGUCGUAGCACUGGUCAACCAUUCAUUUCAUGUGGCCUCGAGAGCGCUUCGACAUUUCGCGAUAACCAUUUUAUUAAGACUGCAAAGAUGGACUUCGGUCCUCUGGAUAUGCUUCAACUGAUGCACACAGUGUACGCUAUACCCCCGGAGCCUGUAGAGCCGAUUGCCCCAGUACCGUUUGCGCCUGGAGAGUUCAGGGAUAUGUGGUGCAGAAAUCCGGCCGGUGACAAGGUUGAAUGGUCGAUCAUGUACAAGGCCCCGGCGGCGUCGAUGUCUCGCGGAACGAGCGAGUCCAUCUCGAAUGGUGUUCAGUAUGGGUACAUCGACUCUGCCACAAAACUCGACGCCACGGUUCGGAUGCAGUUGUUUGACGAUAUCACUAGCACCCAGAACAACGCGCUUUACAACACCCUUGAUGUUCUCUUCAAGUAUCCUAGGACAUUCUUGGUUGAAAAGAACCUGACGUUCCUGACCUACAAUGAUCAGCCACCUCCUGAGCUUGCCAAAUCGACAACAAACGGCAUCGCAAAAGGUGUCCUGUUAUUCGGAAACAGUUCUGGCGCAUGGGUGUCCCAUACGUUAGGCAGCUUUGGCUACUUCUUCCAAGAAAAAUAUGUCUUCCCUGACGAUGCUCGCCGCGAGGGGCAAACCAUACUUUGCAUGUCUCUAUCGUCCGAGAACUGGCCGAAAAUUGUUGCCCAUUUGCGACGCGAGUCUCCAAACAUCUACGACUGGAAUAUUUCACCUGCGAUGUUCGAUAUGUAUCCGGCGCUGAAACAACUUAUUGAAAAAGAUUUCAAUCACGAGGAUCCGGGCGCGGAGUCCAACGUUUUUAGCGGUGUCAACGGGACUGAUUUUAUGGCCUUUGUCAAAAACGCCGUUCACAAUUACGAUAUCUAUGAAACAAUGGUAGCCCCCCAGCUGGAGGCGAACAUGUUUGUCCGCGGGAGCCAGGAAGGCGAUCAGCAUUUGGAAAAUUAUUGCACCGAUUUUAACAUCACUGAAGUUGACAAAGUUGAACUUAAGUUAAGCCAGGAUAUAAUCUUUAAGAACGUUCGUAGAAGUCAGGAUAAUUCUCGAUGGGCUGUUUCCGAGCGAGAUUACUGGGUGUGCUUCGGUUCUGUUGAGCGGAGAAAGAGUCAUCUCCCUCGCGGUGGUGAAGUGUUCUGUUUCCAGAACCAACCUGCCAGCAUCCUAAUGGCCAACAGUAUUGAAGAAUUUUCUAAGUGCAAACCCCUUCCCGAGGAAAUUGUUGCUAAGAUUGCUGCUGCUCCAGCCGGUACCGCUGUAGAUGUGGGUAAUGGUGCCACAUACGUAAGACCUGCCAUUGUAAGACCUCUUUUCGGAGUCCCACGUGUUUACUACGGCGGUCUACCCAGCUUCGGAAUCGGUUUCCCGUUCAAAAAAAUUCUCAAAAACCCCCUCGUUGUAGGAGCAGCCGUCGCGGGGGUGAUGCACUAUCGUCACAAACAACAGAUUAAGAAACUGAAUCAACAGCAUGCCUUAGCAAUGGGUUAUGGUAGGCACGGAGUACAAGGUUUUUCUUCACCAUAUUUCGGAGGCUCCUCUGGGAAGUACUCAACUGGAUUAGCAAGCCUUUUUGGAGGUGGCAAAAGCCACUCCGCCUACCCAGGUGCUGGAUAUACCACUAUGGGCGGUGGAGGCUACCCUACGAUGGGCGGUGGAUAUUCGCCAGGCCCUGGGUUUGCGCCACCAACUUAUCCUGGUCCCCCGUCCUAUCCUCCACCGGCCUACUCACCGACGAAUUCAGGUUUCAAUACUGGCCAUCACUUGGGUUACCCCCCGCGAUCUGGCGGGUACCCAACAGAUUCGCAUGGCUAUCCCAUUCCCGGGUAUCCUAUAGGCUCACACGGAUACCCUAAUCCAAGUUAUCCUACCACGGCAGGUGGACACUCAUUUGCUCCACACAAUCCAGGCUACCCAACGCAACCGAGAUCAUCAUAUCCGUCCCAGCCCGCCUACAAUCCCUCGUUUAACGCAGUCAAUAAUGCGCCAUCAAUAGCUUCCGCGCCCCCCAUGUCAACCACUCAAAACGUUGCCAAACAGCAAAGUAAUUUCAGUAGUGGCACAGCCUCGAAGUCAACCGUGAGGACGUCACGACCUUCCACACCUAAUCGCCCCGUUCGUGUGGAAAAGACUGUUACCAGAACUGUCACAUCGUAUACACCUAGCCGAAGUGCCAGUAGGGGGUCUUCUAGAAAAAGUUCCGGCAGGAAUAGGGGUGGAAGUCGUGGAAGAGGUUAAUAACGACGUGUCUGAUGAUGUGACUGUCAGCUUUCUCCUAUUAAAAUUCAAACGAAUGCCAUGACCGUUUUAUGCGGUUAUGAGGACAGAAAACUAUUUGCGGAACAUUGUAGCGUUACAGAAAUUUCGCUGAUACGGGCUGCGUAAUAGUAGUAACAAGUACUUUCUAAGAAGUGUAAAAACGAUUCUCGCAAUCAAAUGUUGACCAUUACGGACAUUAUGAUUCUAGCAAAGUAGCCUGGUCUUCAGUAAUUAGUUCGAUUGGGCUAAAACGACACUGCUUCGAAGGCAUUAUAGAGCAGGGCUGAGUCCAACCUAGCCUUACAGCCAGCGAGGAUUUCUUAUAAUAAAUAUAUAUUUUAUCUGUUGUGUUUCUUAAAUUAGGUUAUUCUAAGGAAAGGGAAAUUAGAAGUUACCCGCAACUAAUAUAAAAAUUUUACCGUGUUCCGCGCCGUUAUAGCGAUCAAAGAAAUUUCUUACAGGUUGCUAUUCUUAACCCUUUGGAGCAGCAGUAAAUAAAUUAAAAUGCAAGCA